AUGGCCCAGCAGAGCACGAGCGCGAGGCCCGCGCUCCUCAAGCGGAGCAGCCUGGAGUCGGUGGGGCCCGCGGAGCCGCCCCGCCACCGCAGGAGCAAGUCCCAGCAGGUGCGCUUCAAGGAAGACGGCGCCACGCCGCGCCCCCCCGGCCCGUGCCCGGGGGACGGCCCGCCUCCCGGAGACCCGGCCGGCACGGGGCGGACCCCGGCACCCGGGCGCCGUCGCCCCUCGGCCUGCUCGCUCUCCUUCCCCGGGUCCCAGAGGUCGGAGGGCCUCAGAAACAUCGCCAUCCAGACCUCCCCCAAUCUCAGGAAGCAUUUCCCAGUGUUCAAGAGGAAGAGGCCCACAGCCAGCGGGUCCCCGGUCGAAAUGCCCGCGGCGUCCUCAAGUGCCAUCCAGGUGAACGGCGACCUCUCCGGACGGGGCACGGUGACCCCCGACCUCGCCUACUUCAAGCUGGCCCCGCGGCUGGGGGAUGGGCCUCGGCGGAUCCAAGUGCCCCUCCCGCCCCUCCCCGGAAUGCCCCCGGCACCGAGCAACGGGCCGGUCAGUGUCUACCUGCCAGCUGGGACUUGGCGGGCCUCGGAGCAAGCCACGGCCGCCGCCCAGGUCCCCGACGAUAUUGACCACAGCCCGUCCCGGAAAGCCAGAGCGGCUUCCCUCGGCCCAGACGGCCCAGGACCCCCCGCGGCCGACGUGCGUCCGGGCGGCGAGAGAACGGUGCCCACGCCGGAUUCGGGAAGAGCCCCCUCCGGCUUCGACGCCACCAGCAGUGCCAGCGACACCCCGGGCACGGGGAGACACAGCCCCGGGGUGCUUUCGUCCAGAGACAACGCCUGUGACGGAGGCCCCGGCCCCCCGACGCCUCCGCCUAAGGAAGCGCGCGCCCCCUCCCCCCCGCGGACUCGCGGCUGCCCCGGGCGGGGCCUCCCCAGCCCGCCAGCCCCGCCCCGGAGAGCCUCGGGCUGCCCCGGGUCCCGUGACGGCCACCGGGAGCCGGGAGCGUGUCAGAAGACCGCGGCGGGGAGCCCCGCGGGGCCAGACGGCCCGGCCCUUCCCGGCUGCCCCGGGAGCGGCCCCAGACCUCGGUGCGCCCUGGGGGAGACGGGCGGCGUGCCCCACCUGCGUCCGGCGCGGGGCGAGCUCCGCCACCUCCAGGGCCGGCUGCAGUCGGUGGAGGCGUCGCUACAGUCCAACCAGGAGAAGAUCAAAGUCCUCCUCAACGUCAUUCAAGACCUGGAGAGGGCGCGCGCGCUCACCGAAGGGCGCAACUUCUAUCGGACUGGCCAAGACCUCAACAACUGCCGCACCUGCCAGAACACGGCCUGCAUCAUCUACAGCGUGGAGUAUGAUUUCCGACAGCAGGAAGGCCGAUUCCGCGGCGUUCUGCAGAGCCUGGGGGACGCGGCACCGGCCGACGAGGCCCCUUCGCCCCCCAAGUCUCCAGCAGAGGCCCCGGUCCCCGAGAGGCAGGACUUCCGGAGGAAAGCCAAGAAGGUGAAGAAGAAAUGCUUUUGGUGGAUCUGA